CAUUCUAGUUAACUAUGUCAUUAAUAUCAAACAUGAUACCAUAUAUGUUAAUGUAAUGAAAUUCAUAUGGUUUAAGUCACAGUAUGAACUAUUUAGAAAUAAAAAAAUGGAUAUAUUUUCAAGCCAAGCAAAGUUAUUAGUGAUACAAUACAUCUAUUUUGGAAUAAUUUCUUUAUGAAAUUUAAAUGAGUCAUUCAGGGAAAUAAUAUGAAAAAGCUAGGUAUAUAGACAUAUAAAUAAAUUCUCAUGGUUUCUUACAAAAAUAUAUUUAUUAAUAAAAAUGUUCCAAUAGUUUUAAUCAAAAUCCCAUUGAAAUCCAUUAUUUUUUGCUAUUUCAUAGGCAAUAUAUGGAUUAUAUUAUGAAAAAUGUUUUAUUUUUUUGAGGCAAAAAAGUGAUUAACCCAAUUUCUUGACAGUGAAAACUUCAAUACUUUGAUAAAUAAUUUUUCUUAGUUAAUCAUCAUAUCAUUAGAGUAAUUAUAAAUAAUUUUUUGUAUAUAAAUAUGAAAUCUCAAUUUUGACAUUCAUUAUUAUUACAAUUGUUAACAAAUUGCAAUUAUUAUACAAAAAUCAAUUACUACAGAGCUUUCUCGCAAUUAUUAUGUCUUAACAUGUCUUAACAUUUCAAGUACUGUACCUAAAGUAGCUUUUAUAUGUUGAAACAAGAUGAGAUGCAAGGAUUAAUUCCAUAAAAAUUAUUAUUAUAAAAACAGUGAAACUGAAUAACCAUUACAAGUAUACUUACUUGACGAUAAAGAGAGGAAAAUUUAUUUUAAAUAAUUACAGUUUACAUAAUCAUUAUUAUAUUAAUUAAUACAAAGUAAUAGCUACUAAAGUAGAAAUCUAAUGAAAACAAAUUUUACGAGAUUUUUCUGUUUUAAACAAUUAUAAACAAGAAAAUGUCUGGACCUAUGGUAUUAUGUCAAUUAUGGAUGGGUGGCUUAGAACCAUAUAUGACAGAAAGUUUUAUAAUGAAUGCUUUUCAUAAAAUGGGAGAACAACCACAAACAGUUAAAGUAAUGAGAAACCGUUACACUGGUGAACCUGCAGGUUAUUGCUUUGUACAUUUUCCAACUGACGAAAUGGCACUUGAUGCAAUGCAUAAAUUAAAUGGCAAAGUGAUACCUGGUUCAAAUCCAGCUGUAAGAUUCCGAUUAAAUCAUGCUAGUACCACAGGAAAACCAACAACAGAAAGAGAAUUUAGUAUUUGGGUUGGAGAUUUAUCAACAGAUGUAGAUGAUUAUUCUUUAUAUAGAGCAUUUGCUGCUAAAUAUAAUUCAAUUAGAACAGCAAAAGUAAUUUUAGACAGUUCUGGAUUUAGUAAAGGAUAUGGUUUUGUCAGAUUUGCUAAUGAAGAAGAGCAGAAGAAUAGUUUAGUUACUAUGAAUGGAUAUAGAGGAUUAGGAACAAAAUCAUUAAAAAUUUGCAAUGCUGUUCCAAGGCCUUGGAAUAAAUUAUCAGGGUCAACACCUCCACAAUCAUCAUCAGAAUAUACACCAUCAAAUUUAAAUUCAGAUGCUUACAAUUACUAUGACACAUCAUCUUACUGGAACAGUUACAGUGCAUGGCAACAAGGUUAUUAUGAAAGUGAACCUACAUCAGAUGGAUAUAAUAGCUAUAUAUCUGAUCAAAAACCUGAAGAAGAUGAAUUGGAAUUAAUUGAACAUUCUGUUCCCAUAGACAUUGAUAAGCUUAAUAGAGAAAUAAUAGAACAAGAUUAUAACUUGUGGGAUGCAUUAGAAAGUUCAAAAUGGAUACCAUGUGAUACCUUAGAAUUAUGUUAUUAAAACUUUUUUGCUAUACUUGUACAACAUACACACUAUGUAUUUUUAUCGAUGAUAUAAAUAAAUGUAUAACUUACAAUAUAA